AUGGCAACGAAGGGAGAGAAAUGCCAUGGAGAUACAGAAGAAGGGCCUCACAUUCACCGCCCCACCACGGAUGACAGUGAUAAUGCGCUCUGCUUCUGUGAUGCAGAGGACCAGUCUGGGCAUUCGCCGUAUGUUUCAAACCGCACCGCUUCAGCUUAUGAUGAGGACCGCUUCUCUGGUGCUUCCCAUCAUGAGAUAGAUGGAGUUCCAGAGUCACGGAGAAAAUGCUGCGUCUCGGACUGGAGAGUGGAAUUUCAGAGAUUUAAGGCGAACAAGGACAAAGUCGACCAGGAUUGCAGGAUUUGUCAUCUCAGCUUGGAGGAGUCGGGCAUUCCAAUUGUAUAGCUAGGUUGUUCUUGAAUGGCUGCUGCCCACAAGCAAUGUGCCGAUACGUGGUUCAAAAUCAAAGGGAACAAUACUUGUGAGAUUUGUGGCUCAACAGUUAAGAAUGUGGUUGUUACAGGAGAGAGCGAGUUCAUUGAGCAGUGGAACGAAACAAGCAGUGGUACCGCAUCCGCACCUGUGCCGCCAUCUGAAUCACGAAGCUUUUGGCGGGGGAUCGAUCGGUUCCUCAAUUGUUUGCUUGCCUUCGUGGUUUUUGCGUUUGUCAUCUCAUGGCUCUUUCACUUCAAUGUUGCUGGCUAAUUCCAGGAACAGUUGCCAGCCUUCCGUCUUAUCAUCAACAAGUCAUCUUCAUUGUUGAUUUGGAAAAUCCCAGUGAAGAUGAGGUGGAAUUGUCAGGAAGAAAAGAUUUAUUAUGAAUUUGUUGCUAGCGAAGAGAAGGCAAGGUGAGAACCAGAUGCCUCUACUAGGAAUCAAAAAGAUCUGUUGACGGUGUUUGAGUUUUUUGUGAGUAGAGAAUAGGAUCGAGCUAUGGAAUUAGUUCUUCC